AGCGGCAUCUGCGAGGUGGUGUCCAUCAUGUUCUCUUUCAACAUGUUCAACCACCCAAUUCCCAGGGUCUUCCAAAACCACUUCUCCACACAGUACCGCUGCUUCUCUGUGUCCAUGCUAGCAGGGCCUAAUGACAGGUCAGAUGUGGAGAAAGGAGGGAAGAUAAUUAUGCUGCCCUCAGCCCUGGACCAACUCAGCCAACUUAACAUUACCUAUCCCAUGCUGUUCAAACUGACCAAUAAGAAUUUGGACCGCAUGACGCACUGUGGCGUGCUGGAGUUUGUGGCUGAUGAGGGUAUCUGCUACCUCCCACACUGGAUGAUGCCGAACUUGCUCUUGGAAGAAGGCAGCCUGGUCCAGGUGGACAGUGUCAACCUUCAAGUAGCCACCUACUCCAAAUUCCAGCCUCAGAGCCCUGACUUCCUGGACAUCACCAACCCCAAAGCUGUAUUAGAAUACACACUUAGGAACUUUGCCUGUCUGACCACUGGGAAUGUGACUGCCAUCAACUGUAAUGAAAAGAUCUACGAACUUGAACUGCGUGUGAUGGAAACCAAACCCAACAAGGUAGUGUCCAUCAUUGAGUGUGACAGGAACGUGGACUUUGAUGCUCCCCUGGGCUACAAAGAACCCAAAAGACAAGUCCAGCAUGAGGAGUCGACAGAAGGUGAAGCUGACCACAGUGGCUAUGCUGGAGAGCUGGGCUUCCGUGCCUUCUCGUGCUCUGGCAAUAGACUUGAUGGAAAGAAGAAAGGGGUGGAGCCCACCCCCUCCCCAAUCAAGCCUGGAGACAUUAAAAAAGGAAUUCCCAAUUAUGAAUUUAAACUUGGUAAGAUACCUUUCAUCAGAAAUGCAUGUCCCCUUGUCAAAAAGGUUGAAGAGGAUGAAGCUGGAGGCAGAUUCGUCGCUUUCUCUGGAGGACAGUCGUUGAGUAAAAAGGGAAGAAAGCCCUAAGUG